UCCCAUAACGAGAGCGAUACCGGUCACGAUAGCGCAAUACCCCGCAAACUAGCCGAAAACAUCAACCGUUGCCGAUUCCGCGAAGAAAAAGCACAGUUUAGUCCACCGUUGUUGGUUGUUGGUUGCCGGCACAAUGUAGCGGACUGACCACCGAUCGCGAGAUCAUCAUACAAUAUAAUCACCUCCAUCAGUGCCCAACCGUUUCGGAUUCAGAUGUAGCCGCGUAGCAAGGAAACGAUCGUUUCAGAGGGAGUCCGGUAACCUUGAAGCGAGCCAAGCCGAGUUCGACCGAGAGGAAGACCCGGCAUUUCGCUUUUAUUUAUUACCAUACCCAAUCCAUCCGUCUAGGUCCGACCGUCCAUAUAGAUAGCGAAGAAGAUAGCAGCUCAGUGUGGAUCUGCGGCGCAACGUGGAUCCAAGCUGAGGGCUUCACCAAAUAAGGGAAUGACUGAGGCUGCCGCCGCGACGGUUUCGGAGAUCGGUGACAACAACGGUAGACAACCGGACUACUACAUUGGACGGAGUGGAAUUCCGCGACUUGUGGGAGGAUCGCGACUGGGGGGUGCCGUUGAACAGCAGCGAACAGCAAGAAGAAGACGAGGAACGAUGAGCAAUCAGUGUGGAGGACCUAGUGGUGGGAACUCGGUCGUAGGUACUACUGACCUAGUGAAACUGAACAAGUGCCUGUACAAUCUAACGGUGCGCAAUCGAAACGGAAGCAACAGAACCGAAAGUGAUAGCCCAAGCCCAAAUCAUAAAUCAAAAUCGCCCACUACGGGCAGUGAUAGUGAUAACAACGGUAAUAAUAAUAGCAUUUGGCGGGGUCCGAUGUGUUCCGCGACUUCAACGGUGAUAACAACGGGAUUGUGCAAUAGCCGACGGAAUUCCGUUACGUCAUCCCGCGGUUCGUCGUCGUCGUCGUCGUCGUCAAUUCCUAGGAGCUCCUCAGCUCAUUGGACUCAUCUUGGUGGCAGAAAUGCAGUUAGUAGGCAUAACGGAGUUAGCAGAGAAGGAAGGUCACCGCCACCACACUCGACGACGAUGCUGUUGAGCGAUAGACAACGCAGGAAUGCGACGGCGACCGGUGGUGAUUCCAAUCGGCGAAUCGAUCGCGGAGAAUGCGAGAGCAGUAGCCUGAUGAGACAGUGCAGAUUUACAGUGGCGGUACGAAGGCCACCUCCUCCCACUUCAGCAGCCGCCUCGACCGACAAUCGCCUCAGCUAUCAGCGAAAGUACGAUCGCUCCAUCUUCGGCUACAACCGGUUGGACCAAAUCGUGUUGCCACCGUUGCAAAUCUGAACUCCAUUAUUCACACUCAUCACUCAUCAUCCCCGCACAAUAAAAUAUUGAAAAAUAAAGACUUAAUCAUAUAUCUCGACGAUCUAAGUAGAAUAGCCCUAUUUAAGGAAAAAUCAAAGCAUGCGUGUU